AUGGAGAGCUCUACAAGAAUCUGUAUUUCGAUGUGCAUUUUUGCACCGGCUAUCAUUUAUUUCCUAGUGGCCGUGUCAAGAAGUCCGAAAGCCAACGUACCCUCUGGCUUUAUAUCGGAGUCGGAAAUGAUUCACAGAACACAAAGUUUCUCGCCAGAAGAAAGAAAGAAGGCGUCUGCUCUGGCUGAUAAAUACAAUCAAAACAUUUGGCCAGAAGAGUAUGUAAGUCCGCAAAUUGUCCGUGGACUCUCUCUAUAG